AUGCUUCUGAUGCUGAUGAUGCUGAUGAUGCUGAUGCUGAUGAUGCUUAUGAUGUUGAUGAUACUGAUGGUGCUGAUGCUGCUAAUGCUGCUGUUGAUACUUCAGAUGGUGAUGCUAAUGAUGCUAAUGAUGCUCAUGAUGCUCAUGCUGCUGAAGUCGAUGCUGACGCUGCUGACUAAUGUUGCUGAUUUUAUGGCUUAUGAUAUUGAUGCUGCUGAUCCUGCUGAUGCUGAUGCUGAUAAUGCUGAUGCUGAUGGAACUGAUGCUGCUGAUGCUGAUGCUGAUGAUGCUGAUGUGAACGAUGCUGCUGACGAUCCUGCUGCUAUCACUGACGAUGAUGAGGUUGAUGACGCUGAUGACGAUUAUGAUGAUGAAACUCUGAUAAUGCUGCUAACGCUGAUGGGUGUUGCUGAUUCUGAUGCUGAUGGUGAUGUUGUUUAUGCUGAUGCUGCUGAUGCUGACAAUGCUGAUGCUGACAAUGCUGAUGCUGACCAUGCUGUAACUGAUGCUGAUGAUGCUGAUGCUGAUGAGGCUGAUAUUGCUGGUAAUGCUGAUGAUGCUGCUGAUUCCUUUGCAGAUGAUGCUGAUGAUGCU